CGUGACUCUUCUUUCUGUCUGUUGCUUGUACAUAUCGCUACCCUUACCUGUGUGUAUACUCUUUGCAACCGAAGAUGGCGAGUGUUCAGUCUAUUGCGCGGAAUUGCCGCAAGAUUAUGUGCAUAGGCCGCAACUAUGCUGACCACAUCGCCGAGCUCAACUCCGCAACCCCCAAGCAGCCCUUCUUCUUCCUCAAGCCCGCGUCGUCCAUCCUGCUCCCCGGCACGGGCCCCGUUCUGCGGCCCAAAGGCGUGAAUCUGCACUAUGAAGUCGAGCUGGCGCUUGUGAUAGGAAAGACACUUAAGGAUCUGAGGGAAGAUGAUGAGCAGGGUGCUUUGGACGCUGUUUCUGGUUACCUCCUCGCCAUCGACAUGACAGGCCGUAACGUACAAGACGAAGCGAAGAAGAAGGGACUCCCAUGGUCCAUCGCCAAGGGCUUCGACACCUUUCUGCCCAUCUCGCAGCUCAUCGCCAAGUCGCGCAUCCCAGACCCGCAGAACGUACAGCUCUGGCUGUCGGUCAACGGCGAGAUUAAGCAGUCCGACAGCACGGAGCUGAUGCUGCACCGCAUCCCGAGGCAGUUAAGCGCCAUCAGCAGGGUGAUGACAUUGGAGGCGGGUGACAUUAUUUUGACAGGUACACCGAAGGGCGUUGGGCCAGUCAAGACAGGAGAUGUUAUGAGGGCUGGAAUCAAGGUUGACGGAAAAGAUAUCGAGGAGGCGAGUCUCGAGGUUCCGGUCGAGGAUCGCGAGGGUCUGUACGCGUUCGCUGAGACAUAAGAGCUUUGAAGUGUUGUAAAUGAAAACGUU